GUAUGGAAGAGGUGAAAGUGGAGGGUUGGUGUGAGUAUGACUUGAGGUGGACCUCACCUCCCUCACUCAUUGGUCAUUUGAGACAAAACCAAGCCUCACAACCCAUCCCCCCUAUCAUGCUCGACCAAGACCCAAAGAAAAGAGAAAAAGGAAGCUAUAAAACUCCAUUCCCCACCAAAUUCGAGCUCAAGCUUAAGGAAGUCAAAGAAGGGGGCUUGAAGAAGAGAAAGGUUAGGAAAAAGUGUGAAAAUUAAGGUAUUUCAAGAGCUUUCACGAAGUUGAAAGGGUCGCCGAAGUUGUCACCGGAGUUUGUCAAAAGUCGCCGGAGUUUUGCCGGAGUUCAACCAAGAGGGGUAGAACUUCAUAGCAAUAAUUUGAGCUCAAGCUGAAACUCUUUUCUUCAACAGAAACAAAUUAACUAGCAUUAAUCACAUCAUGAUGAAGUACAUGGCCGGAUGAUACAAUCCAGCGGAGGAAAAAACCAAAACCGAGGAUCAGACAAAGAAGACACCAUCUUAGCUAAAGCACGAGCAGCUGUGUUCACAGAAGGCCUACAUGAAUGUGAAAGACAAACAUGGCUAAUAAUAGUAUCCAAGACCUGUCACCGAAGAAACAUCAUUGGACGUCUAAAGUUAGCAAUGAAGAAGAAGAGGAAGAUGAUGAUCUGAUAUCCAUAAAUCACGCCGCGGCCGCAGUCAUAGUAAGCACAAACGAAGAAGAUACCCAUCAGCGAAAGAGCGGGAGAUCAAGGAAGCAAGAGGCGCGCAGGAAGCUACAAGCAGUGGCAGUUUCGAGGCUGAAAUCGAUGCUAACCAUGCUGGGCAGGAACAGAAGAAACAUAUUCUUCCUCCAUCACCACCACCACCACCACCAGGGUCUGGGGACAAGGCUAGUGGGGACGCUGUUCGGGUUCCGGAGCGGGCAUGUCCACCUGGCGCUCCAGAAGGAUCCCGUUUCCAGGCCGGUUUUCCUGGUGGAGCUGGCCACCCCGAUAGCCGGCCUGGUUCGGGAAAUGGCAUCCGGUCUUGUCCGGAUCGCGUUGGAGUGCGAUAAAGAAGAGAAGACGAUGAGGGGAGCGGGUGCGGGGAAGCCGCUUCUCGAGGAGCCGGUGUGGAGAACGUACUGCAACGGGAAGAAAUGCGGGUUCGCGGCGCGGAGGGAGACGGGGGAGAAAGAAUGGGAGGUUUUGAAGGCUGUGGAGCCCAUUUCAAUGGGGGCUGGCGUUUUACCAAAUAAUAGUAACAGUGAUAAUAAGGGAGGAGAAGGAGGAGGAGGGGAGAUAAUGUAUAUGAGAGCUAAGUUUGAGAGAGUUGUUGGGUCUAGAGAUUCAGAGGCACUGUACAUGAUGAAUCCAGAUAGCCAUGGGGCUCCUGAGCUUAGUAUUUACUUGCUUAGAAUUUAAUUAUUCCAUGAACUAGCUAGCUAGCUUAAUUAGCUAGCAGCUGUAUCUUAGCUUGUCAUUUCCUUUUCCAUGGCCGGCCUUGAAUUGAAUCGGUUGCUAUACAUAGAUAUAUACAUACAACAAGCUAAGCGAUUCAUCGAUCAGUCCUCUGCUGUAGUGCUGUACUAUAUAUUCCGACCUAUGUUGCACAGAAACACGGAUGUCAUCAGAAAAUGAGAAAUAGGAAACUCAAAUUUUGCAAAAAAAAAAACGCUUGUCGGGAGAGUUUCCAAAGAGUAAAAUGGAAACGUACUCUUUCCCGCGUUUUCGUGCUACAUAGAUUCCGACAUUAUAUCUGUACGUCAAAUUCAAUCAAUUCUUAACUUCCAAUUUGGCCAUUUUUCUACAUCCAUUGUGAAGGAGGAGAGUUCUAUCUCACCUACCUAUAUAUCAUCUUGCAUUGCAUUCUUGCCCAUUAUAUUAUUCAUUAAUUAUCAUCUAUAAUGUGUUAG